AUGUACAUUUAACAUUUGUGCUUAUUUUACCUAUUUCUGAAAAAAUUCGAGAGCUUAUUGUUUAUACUUACCUAGAACGAAUUUGUCCCACUAGCACACUGCAUGAGUGUUUAUAUUUAACUCACUAAUUACAAAGAGCCUUCCGAAUAAAACAACCUAACGACUAACCUUUUCCCGUGCUUUCAGGAGAGUGUAGAUACACCAUUGGUAGAACGACGAAAAAACUGGUUUCAGAGACAGAUAUCAAGAAUGGGGUCAGUUCGGUCCGCGUCCACGGCGUACUCGUCGGGGGGGCUGUUCGGGCGCCACCGGCACAACUCCGUCGUGUACUCCAGCCCCGAGGCCGGCCAGCCCGCGCCCGCGUCCGCGCCCGCGCCCGCGCACAAGAUGUCGCUGUACGAGCGCCUCGUGGGCCGCCGCUCCGGCCGCUCCCAGCCGCGCGCGCCCUCCCGCCACGGCCCCAAGAGCAACGGCGCGGCGGUGCCCAUCACGCUGCGCAACCGGCCGCGCAUCCCCACGCCCGACGUCACCAAGGAGGUGAUGGACCGCGAGAACCGCCUCGCCAUGGGCAUGCAGAACAUGGGCGUCAUCAUGGCGCAGAGCUACCAGAACGAGGUGCCGGUGCUGGGCGCGCUCGUGCUGUCGCCCAUCCAGGAGCUGGACGGCGGCUCCGUGAACAACACGCUGCACGCCGGCCAGCCCGGCACCGCGGCGCUGGCGCAGGCCGUGCUGGCGCCGGGCGUGCUGGGCGGCGCGCCGGUGGCGCUGGCGCCG